AUGAUACUUCAGCUACUAUCAUUAGCUUUUUAUGCAUCUUUGAUUACAAAGAAAGAAAUAUACGAGGAACUGAAUCAAAUUUACGGCUCGAGCGAUCCGAAAUAUGUUCCAAUAAUACAUGAUGAUAUUAAAAAUAUGAAUAUUUUGAACCAAGUGAUCAAGAAAAUGUUACGGCUUUUUCCAAUAGGCCCAAUCAUCGGUCCUAAAGCAACGAAGGUGGAAGAAAAUUGGACGAUACCAAAAAGAAGUUCUGUCAUAUUUUGGACCUACAAAAUUCAUUGGAAUCAGAAAUAUUGGAACAAAUCAUUGAAAUUCGAUUCAGAUGGGUUUCUAUCCUGCAAUGUUCAUUCUUACAAUUUUUUACGAUUCGGCAUUGGAGCUAGAAAUUACAUUGGUAAUUCUAUAUUUUUCCAGAUUAUUGAAAUCAAAUUCCAAAAAGUUACACAACAACAUGUAUUUACAAUUGUUUUCACUUUUUUAGGUCAAAUGAAGGUAUCAAAUGUUUCUCAAUAA